UUGCCACGACGACGGCGGCAGCAGCAUGGCGGCGGUGGCGGCGCAGCCCGUGGCCGUCUUCGGCUGCCGGCCGCGGGUGGCCGGCGGCGUCUGCUUCUUGGAGGACCAGGUCGUGCUGCACGCGGCGGGGGCGGGCUGCCUCCAGCUCCACCUCGAGCAGAAAUGGCACAAGUUCAUCCCAGGCACAGAGAAGAGCCGGGGCGUGCAGGCGCUGGCCGUCAGCCCCAACCGGCGGUACCUGGCCGUCUCAGAGACGGUGGCGGAGCAGCCGGUCCUGACGGUCUACGAGCUGUCGUCGGUGCCGGCGCGGCGGCGGAGGACGCUGGCCGCCGCCGAGCUGCCGGCGCGGGAGGCGGUGUCCCUGGCCUUCUCCCCCGACUGCCGGUACCUGGCGGCCGCCGCGGCCCCCCCCGAGGGGCACCUCACCUACUGGCUGUGGGAGAAGCAGCGGCUGAUGGCGGCGGUCCGCCUCGAGGCCCCGGGCAGUGGCGUCUGCCAGGUGAGCUUUAGUCCUCAAGACAAUGCACAGGUUUGUAUCACUGGAAAUGGCUUUUUUAAACUUUUUAAGUACAGUGAAGGAACUUUGAAGCAGAUGAAUUUACAGAAGGGAGAGCCACAAAACUACUUGUGCCAUGCCUGGCUAUCCGAGGAGGAAGUUAUAUGUGGCACUGAGGCAGGCAAGCUUAUCUUGUUUGAAACUGGAGAGCUGCACUGGGAGACAAGUGUAGAGUACAAAAAAUCACCCAGGGAACUAGAAGAAGAUGCAACAACAGAAGAAUAUGAGAGUUCUUCCGAUGUCCCUUGUGGACUGGCAUCUGAAGAUAAUGGUUCACAACAGGAUUCUUUGCCUCAAAUAUCUGCAGUUGUAGCUUAUUCCAAAGGCUUUGCAUGUUCAUCUAGCCCAGGAGUUGUUCUUCUGUUUGAAAAGACCAAGGAAAAGGAAGUCUACAAGGAGAGUCAAGAAAUCUGGCUUCCUCAGGACCUGUUCAGAAGUGAGCCAAAAACGUCAGGCAGACAGGACAUUAUAUGUAUAUGCUUCAGCCCCUCUGAGGAAACGAUGGUCGUUAACACAAAUAAAAAUCAGCUUUACAUGUUUACUAUGCUCUCCACCAAUCUUAUGAAGGAGAAGGCAGCUUAUUUUUCGUAUCUGAAUUUCCCAUUGCAUUCUGCUUCAGUCACUGGUCUGGACAUCUGUAUGUGGAAACCCAUUCUUGCUACCUGUUCCCUCGAUAGAUCUGUCCGCAUCUGGAAUUACGAGACGAACACUUUGGAGCUGUAUAAGGAAUAUCGGGAGGAAGCAUACACAGUAUCACUUCAUCCCACUGGCCUUUUCUGUUUGGUUGGGUUUUCUGACAAACUACGAUUUAUAAGUCUACUGUAUGAGGACAUGCGUGUUUUCAAGGAGUUUGCUGUGAGAAAGUGUAGAGAGUGCUCAUUCAGUAAUGGAGGCCAUCUUUUUGCUGCAGUUAAUGGAAAUGUGAUUCAAAUUUAUUCCAGCAUCACCUUUGAGAAUAUUAAUAAUCUGAAAGGACAUAGCGGGAAGAUACAUGCAGUUAAGUGGAGCGUAGAUGAUGCUAAAUUUGUCUCCUGUGACACACAUGGUGCUGUGUAUGAGUGGAACUUGUUGACAGGUAAAAGGGAGUCAGAGUGUGUGCUCAAGUCCUGCAUCUACAGCAGCAUUGCCCUGUCUUCUGAUGCCAAAAUCAUCUUUGCUGUUGGAUCUGACCAAACUCUUAAAGAAAUUUCGGAGUCUUCGAUCCAACAUGAAGUGCCUGCUUUUGAUGUUGUUUAUACUGCAGUAGUUGUUUCAUAUUCCGGGCACAUGGUAUUUGUUGGUACAUCUCUGGGGACAAUUCGAGCUAUGAAGUACCCGUUACCUUUGACAAGGGAUUUCAACGAGUAUCGGGCCCAUGCAGGUGCUGUUACAAAGAUGUCCAUAACAAACAAUGACCUAUUUCUGCUGACUGCCUCAGAGGAUGGCUCUAUAUUUAUCUGGAAAGUGUAUGAUAAAGGAGGUGGGAUACUGAAAUGGGUAAAGGAAGUUGAGUAUGCUGAGGAAGUACUGAUCAUGAGAUCAGAUAUCGAAGAGAAGAGUCAGGCAAUGCUAGACCUGCAGAUUUGUGUGAAAGAGCUACAGACAGAAAAUUAUUACCAGCUACAUCUCAAGGACAUGUAUUGUAAUGAAAAAAUAAAGGAAUUAGAAGAGAAUUUCACUCAGGAAAUAAGCUCCCUUAAAACCAAACACCAGAUUUUACAGGCAGAGAAAGAAAAACAGGAGCUACAACACCAGUUUCAACUGUCUGAGCUGAUGAAUAAACAGGCCAGGGAGGUGCAACAGUUAGAAUCUGACAGUAAUCAGAAACUCUUAAUGGAGAAUGAGAAAUACCAGGAGCUGCAAGUGAAAUCCCAGAGGAUGCAGGAGGAAUAUGAGAAACAAUUGCACAAUUUGGAGGAAAGCAAAAACAAGGCCAUGAAGGAGCUAACAGAAUAUUAUGAGGAAAAACUUAAUGAGAAAUCUGUUCUGCUGGAAGAGGCAGAGGAGGAUAUGAAGCAGCAGCUUCAAGCACAUGAAGAAAUUAAGAAACAAAUAGAAGAAGACGAAGAUCAAGAAAUCCUGGAAAUCAAAAUCAAGUAUGAGAGACAGCUCUUGGAAGAAAGGGAAUCAAACCUGCAACUGAAAGGAGAAAUAGGAGUCAUGAAUAAAAGGUUGAACAGCCUACAGAAAGAGCUCAAGGAACGAAACAGGGACACUGAGGAAAUGAGACUAGAACAGCAGAAGCUGCAAGGCAUCAUUAGGUCACUGGAGAAGGACAUCUUGGCACUGAAGACAGAGGUUCAAGAGAGAGCUGACACUAUCCAAGACAAGGAGAAGCAUAUAUAUGACCUAAAAAAGAAAAAUCAGGAACUGGAGAAGUUCAAGUUUGUACUGGAUUACAGAAUAGAGGAGUUCAAGAAGCAAAUAGAGUCACGUGAAAAUGAUAUUAAAACAACGAAGGAGCAGAUCCAUGAGAUGGAGGGGGAGCUGGCACGGUUCCACAGUGAGAGCACACAGUUGAAGCUGAAUAUCACACAACUGCAGCAGAAACUAAAGGCAACUGAUCGCGAGAUGCACAGAGAGAGGCAGAAGAAGCAAAAUAUGGAAACUCUCAUCAAACGAUUUAAAACAGAUCUUCAUAAUUGUGUGGGCUUCAUUCAGGAUUCCAGAAAAAUGAAGGAUGGGAUCCGUGAGCUCUACACCAAGUAUGUGCAGCAAUCAGACUCGGUGGAGACUGAAGCAGCAGACACAGAUUUGCAGCAGGAGUACAUGAGACAGCGAGAGUAUCUUGAGAGGAAUUUGGCAGCUUUCAAAAAGAAGGUGGUGAAGGAUCAGGAAAUGCACCAAACUGCUUACAUGCGCAUCAUGCAGGAAAAUGUGAGUCUGAUUAAGGAAAUCAAUGACUUGCGGCAAGAACUGAAGGUGGCCCACACCCAGGUACAUGACCUCCAGUCAACACUAAGAUUAACCAAGAAAAAACAAGCAAUUCAAGACCCAGCUUCCUCCACUGAACUGCUGUCCAGCCCAGCUGUCCUGAGGUUGAAUGCAGAGAAGGAAAGUGAGAAAAUCAUAGAAAUGCAGCAGCUAGAAAUUCAAUACCUGCGAGACCAAGUCCAGGAGAAGGGGCAAGUCCUUGCAGUUCAGCCUCUCUUAGUUGGAAAUCUUCCUAAGCUGAAUCUGGAAAGAAGUCACAAGACACAGCAACAGUGACCUGGUUCAAGGAUGCCUUACAUUACUACAUUCUCCUGGCAAGAUCAGAAAUGCAACAGCAUGGAUUAGACUUCCAUGAUCCUAUACUCUUCCACUAGAAGCACUUGUGCAGCACUCACUGCUCCGAACACAAGGCAGCAACUUUCACUUCCUUCUACUUUCCUGGAAUCUGCCCUUUCCAUGAGGCCUAGGAGCCAAGACAAAAAAAAUAAAUUUGUGUUAGUGCAAGACUGAUCUUUGUGCCUUCAUGCUAGGGCAGGUAUGCACCUUUCUCUUGAAAAAUAAUGUGUCCUAGUUCAGAAGAGCUAGUCAAACUCUGUAAGGCUUUUCUGCUAGAAUUCUAAUUUGGUGUCAUUGUGCUACAAAAAUCAACAUCAGCCUUUUAUUUUCCAGUAUUGAAUUGCCUAUGUCCACACAAAGGACUGCCCGCACUUAAGACAGAUGUCAGUGUUAUUCCAAGCAGGUAUCCAGCCACAGACUAAAAAUCAAUUACCUUGUGAGGGCAACCUUUGACUAGUGGUCAAGCACACCUGAGCUAGAGCCCUUGCUCAAGCCUCUGCCUUCUGUCUAGAGAUGUAUUGUCUCAUCUGUUACAAUCAUUUCAGCAGCACAAAAAGGCAGCCCAGUUUCAGACUCCAAAAUCUGGAAUAAAGUCCAAACCUUAUGUCAUAACUCUACUGUAACUUUGUUAAGUUAAUCUUUGCUUGUCUUUUUUCCAACAUCUGCAAUCCCUUUAGUUCAGUUUUUCAGUGAAAUUCCCCUAAAAAGUCACUCUGCAAAGUACUCAUGUAUAGAAAAAGGCAGGGAGUAAUUUCUUUAAUAAUGAGGGGGGAAAAAGUAAAUUUUUCAUCCUUUUUUGUUAGUGCAUGACACACUGUCUCACUGAGGAAUACUUCACAUACAUCAGAAAUUUAAACUACCGAUUGAGCAUGGAACUAUAUGGUAUUGUAACAGCCAGAACAUUACUGUUUCCAUUUCCUAUGCUGAAUUGUAGACAAAUGACAAGUGCUUUCUACAUACUAGUAGUAAUAUUGUACAUAAGAUGGUGGUGCCAAGGCUGGAUAAUGUGUAAGCUGUAUUACCAUUAGGGAUACUAGACUCAUUUCCACGCUAACACCAUGGCAAAACGGAUGGUUCCAUGAGCUCCUAUGACCUGGGAGACUUCAGUUGAGUACUUUGUCCAUGACUGUGGAAUUAAGUUUCCUUAGUCUUACUUUUUAAAUUUUUCAGCUUUAACGUGUAUGAAGCACAGGUUUCACAGGAACAAAAGGAAGAAGUUAUGAUGGAAUUUGUCUGUUAAUGUGCUAGCUUAACACCCUUUCUUCCUCCUCCCCUCCCCAUAUAAUCUUGAUACUUCCUGUACAGAAAGAGGAUUUAAUUAAUGUAAUUAACAAAUAUUUCAGAAACUAGUUCCUGCUUAAAUUUUCAGAACACACCCAUUUGAAUUUGCUGGACUCCCGUGUGGUAUAAUUUUUCCCUCUCUCUGUCAGAAUAAAUUGAGUGGUAGAAGCCACUGCUUUAAGAGAUGUGGUUUAGAGAAAUGGAAUCAAUCUUUCUGAAAAAUAAAGACCUUGUCCUAAUAAGAGGAAGAAGCAUAUUGAAGAAUGAUUUCUAAGUGAUGAUUAAUAUGCUUAAAAGUAUGCCUGUGUGUCACCCUCAUGAGAAAGAUUUUAAAGGUAAUACAAGGCUUGUCGGAUGAAGCCUAGGUAGACAGCUGGCAAACUCAGUUCAAGAGGAUUUCAAACUUGAUCUUAGUAGCUAAGAGGCAGUUAAAUAUUGUUUGUAAGGGAGAACGUUAAAAGUCAGGCACGGCAGAGUGUUACAACUGAGGUUUAUCAGAGACCUGCUGGAAGCAAAUUAGAUGUACAAGCCCUUUCUAUACUGGGAAAACUAGACCAAGGUCAGUCUCCCACGCGUGUGCUGUACAAAUGUUUUCAGAAUUAAGUUGUAACUGGGUUAUGGGUUUGUAUGCUAAUGGUCGUCUGAAUUCUGUCAGAGUGCAAAGACACUUUCCGCUUUCAUCC